AUGGCGAGCGUAAUCGACAAAGGGAACUUUGGCGAUAGCGCUCGAAACCGAUCGAAGUGUGAUUUGUUAACGAAGAGAUCGAAUCAUGUCUUUGAUGGUGCUGGAGAGAAUAUUCAGUAUCACAGUGACACCGAAUCCAUAGCAUCAAGAAAAAGCAAAACUCGAUAUAUAAACCCAGCGAUAUUUAUCGAGACUGUUGAAGCUACUCAUUCUGUGACUUCUCUACUGACAGAUUCAUCCUGUAUCAGUGACGUCACUCCGCAUCCACACAGCUCUUACAGGAGCAAUUCUACUCCUUUUCUAACUGGUCGUAUAUCAAGCGAAUCUUCUGGUAGUAUAAAGAGGAAAUCCUGUCGACUCGUUGGUCAACAAAAUGUAUGUAAUGCUGAAGAAGAAACACCUCGCGAUGAUCGCACGUACCGUGAAGACGGAGCCGAUACUUUCCGUCUGUCUGUAGCUUCACUGUCAACUACGACUACUGCUAAAGAAGAACGAGACCGCAACGAAAAGAAAAAGCAGGAAGCAUUUAAACAGUGGUUGGCUCGGAAAGAGCAAGAAAAACGGGAGAAGGCGAGGUUAGAGAAAAUGAAACGGCAAGUUGUACCGACCACGUCUCCACGGCAGCGUGAAGAGUCUUUCAGAAAAUGGCUUGAACGCAAACGCAUUCAGUCGGAAAGACGCAAAGCCGACGAGAUUAUGAAAAAAUAUCACCACACAGAGCGUAUAGAACAAGAGAGGAAAAAGAGACAACAAGAGAAAGAAGAAAAACUAGCCGAGUGGAUCAGAAAGAAAGAGGAAGAAAUAAAAUUAAUGAAGAGUAAAUCGGAGCGGAGUGCAGCUCGUCGCGCCAUUGAAGAGGAGAGGCGACGUGUUCAGGGAGAACAAGCGUACAGGGACUGGUUGCGAACCAGCAGAAACAAACCACUUCCCGUCCCACUGAACCAGGGGGAGCUCAGUUGUUGGAUGAUACGAAAAUUAUUGAGAAAGUAUAUAAAAAAUUUGCAAAUGUCUCCAUAUUCAGACUUGUAUUCUUAG